AUGUUAGGUCGCAGCGGCCGACGGAGCCUGCCGGUGCUGAAGGGCCGCGGCAUCGAAGCGGCGCCCGAGCCGUCGAGGGAUGCGCUGCCACAAGGUGGGGAGCGACACGGGUCGAGUGGUUGGAUCCGCGUGGAGUCGCGCUCUAAGCCGGGCACCUUCUACUAUGCGCACCCGGCCACGAAGCGCACCCAGAUGGAGCGUCCGGUGGACCCCCACCGCGCGCGGUCCACUGGAGCCAGUGGAGCUGCACCGGUGGAGAAGCCGAAGGCGGAGCCGGUGGAGGAGGUGGAGGACGUGGAGACGGCGGAGGAGAAGCGGAAGCGAGAGGAGGCACGGAAGGCAGAAGAGAAGGCUAGAGAAGAGGAGGAAGAGAGGGAAAGGCAAGAAGUGUUAAUGAGAGCGCGGCAGAGAAGAGCCCAGGAAAGGUUGGAGGAAGAGAAACGUCGCAAAGAAGAGGAGGAGCAGGAAGAAGAGGAACGGCAGAAGUUAGCUGAAAGAAGAAGAGAGAAGAAACAGAAGCAGGAAGAGGAGAAGAGAGAGUCAGAGAGGCUUCAAAAGGAGGCCGAGGAAAAACGGCACAAGGAGAUGGAGGAGCUUAACAAAGCCUUGGAUCAAGCGACUCCAACGAUUCCAGUUUCAGUGGGCCGACGCAGUGAUGGUACUAGGCACAGUGGGGCCAAAUGGAAGAAAGAAGCCUCAGACGAGGAGGAAGAGGUCACGCAAGAAGACCUGGAGAAAUGGAAAGAAGAUGAGGAGAGAAGGGAGCGUGAAGAGGUGGAAGCCAAGCGCAGGAAGAUUGAAGAGGAGGAACGUCGAAAGCGCGAAGCGGAGUUGGCCGAACAGCGAAAGAAGGCGGAGUUCGCGGCGGCGGUGGAGCGUGCGCGGCAGAUGAAGAUCGCACCUCGGAGUCGGUGGCCAUUCUAUGCGUGGCGUGCACCAGGCGAACCACAUCAGGAAAAAUUCCCUCCAGCCAAGGAAUCGGACCGGCAGAAGCAGGAGGAACUUCGAAAGGAGACCAAAGAGGCUCGAAAAUCCUCCAGCUCCUCCCCUUCGCCACCACGUGUGCGGGACCCGCAGCAGCCAGCGCAGCCAGGGCAGCCGGCGGGGCAGCCGGCGGGGCAGCCGGGGCAGCCGGGGCAGCCGGCGGGGCAGCCGGGGCAGCCUGCGCCCAUGGCUCCUGUGGUGUUUGCGCCACCGGCAGCACCGGUGGAGGCUCCAAGUUUGCAGCAAGCCUUUCUAAUGCCACCAAAGGUGGUGCCUCCUCCUCCACCGCCCAAGCCAGCACCAACCCCUCCCACCUUGGCCAACCUCUUGAGCGGUGCAGUGGCAAAGCCAGACUUUGGCUCACUGCUGAAGAACCCAAAGCCACCCGAAGCUGCCGCUAAUGCGCCAUCCAAUGGUCAGGAUACAGGCCCACAGACUGGCACCAUUCUCUGGUACAAUGGGCGCCGAAAAUGUGGCCUUUUGUUGGCAGACCGAGAUCAGCAUCAGUGGCCUAGCAGUGAAUACCGGACAUCUGGCACCACCGGUCCCGGCUACCUCCUAGACCUGGCCCGGCCCGGUUCCGCCGGCUCCCCGGCCAACGUGCGGCCCCUGCCGCAUCAAAGUGGGCUCAGCUGUGGCGGGGAUAGCCAGAUGGGGCCGCGCCUCGCCAACGAGGACCGGACCAUCGCCACAGACUUGCAGGACAGUCUGGGCCAUAUGGUCGGCAUCUUCGACGGUCACCGUGGCACCUUCUGUGCAGAUUACCUGUCACAAGAAGUGCCGAAGAUGAUCGUGCAAGGUGUCCGCGAAGCCUUUUCGCAGCGUUUGAAGGGGGCAUCACUGGACAUGUUAAGCGCAGCUGAAGAGGCGGAGGUGAUCAAGUUGGGGAUCAUCAGAGGUCUGGAAAUGACGGAUCAGAAUUUCUUGAACCUGGCGCAGCAAUACGGCUUCAAAGACGGUGCAUCUGCGCUGAUUGCGGUCGUGAUGCACGGCUUCCAGGAGCCCCAUGGCCGCACGGUGCCCACAGACCACGUGUGCGACCGAGCAGAGGAGCGACAUCGCUUGUCAACCGCUGGAGGUCAACUGGUGCAGGCCGGGGAGCGAGCAUCGGCGGAAGAGGACCUGCGGGGCGUUUGGUGGCUGGGUCGCCCCGGCAAUCCCGAGCUCACCUGGGCACGGCAGCAAUGCUAUGAGGAUGUGGAUCCUCGGCUUCUCGAGCAGCCGAACCGGCAGGGAGGCUGGGCCAAAGAACUUCCUGGCUGCUUCAAGGGGCUUUGGGGCACCUCGGAGUGUGCGGUUUGGUUGUGUGGGACAUUUGAGCAUCUUGCUUGGGGUUGCUUUGAGCAUCUUGAGCCCCAGGUCUUCUCAGCCAGCCCAGAGGUUCAGGUCAUCGACUUGCUGCCCGAGGACUGGGCCGUCGUGGUGGCCACGCGCGGCGUCUUCGCAGCGGCUCGGAGGGAGCGUCGACCGGGCCGGAGACAACGGGAGCGUCUUCGGGCAGCACCAGAGGCAGCGCCUCGUAACCAUGCUGAGGAUGUCAUGGCGCAGCAGGGCGCCGGGCCGCAGGAAGCUGCCCAAACGGUGACCCAACGCGCGCUGCAGAUGCUGAGCUUGAAGGGCAGAUGA